AUGCUCUUCCUGUUGGAGAUGGCCCUCGAGACAGGGCCACCCCAACACAACACACGACACGGACCUCCACAUCAAAGAAGAAACCAACAAAAUUAUGAUCGAAACAGGACUUACUCUGGUAACUCAAAUGGCAACGGGUCAGGAUACAGAAACAACUACAACGGGAACAGGAACAACAAUCGAAACGCCCAACAUAUUCAAAAUGAGCACUAUAGAUAUCAGGAAAGAAGCGAACGUCAGAACGGCACAUAUAGUCGGGAUACUCGGAAUCAUCAUCACUCGGAUCACGUCUAUUUAAAUGGUCGAGAGAGGUUCAUGAAUGGUCCAACAUUGUCAUCACGAGAUUACCAACAAGGAUAUCAGCAACAUUCUGUGCCUCACAUGGCUCCGAUUGCACCAGCUACAACUAUGACGCCGAUGGUUCCCAUGAACAUGAACCAGAUAAAUCCUAUUUAUCCCUAUGGACCUCCAGCAACUCAAGGACCAGCAUAUAACGGAAUCCCAAACCAAUUCUAUCACCCACCUUCUCAACAAGUUCCGAUUCCACUUCAACAGUCCAACUACAACAUCAACGGCUAUAACUGCAUUCCCCUUCCAAAUAUGAUCCACUCCUCUUGGCAAGAACCGUAUAAUUACAAUUCCUGUCAAUCUACUAGCCAAAAUCAGUAUCCAGGCUACCAAUACGCUCAGGAAGGCCAAAAACAAAAUCAGGAAGGCUACCACCAACCUCAACAAAUGGUUCAAAUCGCUGCACCCCAACCUCAGGCUUGGCAACAGAUGAAUGGCCAGCAGAGCUAUCAUCCAGAUUCCCAUCCUGUGCCGCAGCCAACUCAGGAGGCCCAAGAAUCCAAUCUAGUUGAAUCCUUGCCUCCAAAAGAACCACUAUUUUUGAAUCCAACUCUGUUCUCAGGCAUUGAUGGGACCAUCCAUUUUGUAAAUAACGACGGAUAUACUGAAGAGCGUUGUGGAUUCGGAGAGCAGGCUCCGAACUCAACUGAUUCUGAGGAUGCUUUGAAAACAAGUGUGGAAGCUCAAACAAAUCGAGAGAUUCAGGAAGUAACAAAAUCCACCAAGAAGUUAACAUUGAGUGAUUUGCUUAUGCCGCCAACUGCCGAAACAAACUCUGGAAUGCUACUAUCUGACAACACUUCUGAUGCUCCAGAAAAGCUUGUAAAAGAGAAACAUGACAAAAAGGAGACUGUAACUCAUGAUAAGGAACACUCAUCAAAGGAAUUUCUAGAACUUCAGGAGAGUGUCAAUGAUCAGUCAGUCGAUGCAACCAAUGACCAAGAAUCCAUCAUUGAGAAGAAGGGCAAUGUCUUCACAGAGGAAUCUCAGCACGAACCAAAUCUGAAGAGGAAAACAAGGUUCAGCUCUUACAAUUUCAAUGGUCUCAACUUCCCGAUUCUUGCUGAGUACAAUCACCCGGACCAUAUUAAAGAAAAAUAUCUCCAGCUAUUGGACAAAAUAUCCGAACAAGUGAGAGGUUUCUUUGAAGAUUUAACAGAUGAAUCGGAAAGCGUGGAGCUCCCUUUGGACACCACAAAUGAAAAUCUGAUGUCAGAAAUGAGCAAUCAGCUGAAGGAUAUAGAAAAAGAAGGAAUCAGAACUAGACUUGACUACUCCAUCCCUGUCCCAGAUGUGAUUGAGCUCCUGGAUAACUUUGAACAGCUACGUGUCAUACGAAGCAGUACACACACCCGUACCGGAUUUGAAAAGUUUAUAAGAUGCACUGAAAAAACGAUGGAUCUCACUGAAACUGGGGUCUUUAUCAAAUUGAAUAAGAUGGAAAGAGAACAAUUGGAUUACUUCCUUCAGACCAGACAAGAAACUACAAUUGUGAUGUUCUCAGAAUCGGACGCAGAACGAGAGAAUCCAGACGACGAUGAAGAGUUCGUAGAUGCUGCUGCAGACCUUCCGGAACCAUCUGAAGGAAAUGCGUCCACAUCAGCCAGUCCAUCCACCUCUUCUGGAAAUCCAUCUACUUCUGGGAAUGAAUCUUCCUCUUCUUCUUCAAGCAGUGCCAGCCCACCACAGCCACUAAUUCGGUCCUCCCGUUUCUCCAACUAUGCUGCAGAUCAACAGUCCGCUCGUGGAAGAUCGACCAGUAACAUGGCCACAUAUGACCACUACCGUCCAAACCGCAAUGGCCAACACGAACCUCCAAUCCUUGAUAUGCCAGAUGAUAGACAACCAGGACCAUCACACCGUCGUCUUCCAGACUUGCCUCCAGAGUAUCGUCACCUCCAACAACAACGACAACAACAAAAUCAGCAAGAUCAGAACCGAAAUGGAGAGGGAACCAGUGCCCAAGGAGUUCAAUUAGCAGAAGGAGCCGACGUUCAAGAUCCGAACGCCCAACUUCAAACAUUUGCUGAAAUGAUGGAGGAAAGAGAUGAGCAGGAGCGCUACUGGCGUCUGCAGUAUACUUGGCACAGAUUGCAAGCCGAGCAACAAGCUAUCUUCCUUCAUUACCGAAGAGCACAAGGACUACAACAGGGUGGACAUCCUGAAGAUGAACUUCCGGCGCACGUCUUCCAUCCGUUCAAUUUCAGUCAGGAACCCUAUCGUCGUCGUCACCAGUCUCUUGAGACCACUCUUCGUCAAAGCCCACCAUACGACAAAAGAUUCGGGGAGCAGAUCCGAUUCAUAGUUCCCACGCAAUGGGAACUCAUGGUGAAAAUCAAGUAUCCACCAUAUAGGAUGCCGCUCAUCGGGACAGCUCGUCGAGAAGGAAGUGAGAACUACACCCCCAAACGAUUUCUCCCCGGGCACAAAUCUGUUUACAGACGACAGAUCCCGGAGGAUGAAAGAGAUGCCGAGAAUCGCAACCUUCCUGAUCCAGGGCCGCUCAAUCUGGAUACCCAUGGUGUCGUGAUACAAGCACCUCGUCAGGACAUCGAGAGAUUGGCCAAUGAUCUGCGGCGACUGCUUCCAGAAAGAAACCCUUAUCAGGCUCCUGAACACCCACACCGAAUUGGAAGACCAGAAGAUGAUGAAGACGCACACGAAGAAAGAGCCGAUGGGGAUCACCAAGAAGAGGACGUUUUGUUGUCUGAGAAGAAUAAGCCGUCUUGCUCUACUCUGGUCACUGAAAAACAGAAAAACAAGAAAAAGAAAGAAAUCCUCGAUAAGUGUCGUUCAUCUGCGGAGACUAAAACGAAUUCUUCCCCUGAUAAUGAAGAUGAUGAUGAUGAUGAUAAUCAUUCUUUCUAUACUAGCUCUUCCUCUUCCAAGCAUCUCCCAGUUGUUUCUUCCUUGUCAUCAGGUCAUCAGCCGUCACCUGCUGAUGCCGCCGACACGAACUAUCAGUCCUCAUCUGGAUCCAGCAAAACUAAUAAACCAGUGAAGGAUGCGGCGUGGAAGAAUCAGAAGAAAAGAGAAAAGGACCGUCUGCGUGCUCAGCGUAAGGCAGAGGAGAAGGCCAAGGAGGAGAAAUGCCGUCUGAAAAAAGAAAUGAAGCUUGCCAAAGCGAAGGCUUCGGAGGAAAAAAAGAAAAUCGUGGAGGAGCGGCUUGCGGAGCAGAAGCUCAUUGAGGAGCAGAAAAGAAAGGAGGAAGAAGAAGAACUUCAGAAGAUUGAAAAAUCACAGAAAACUGCGAAACGAAGAAUUGUGAACCAGAUCAACCGAGACAAAAAGAAGAGGAGCAAGAUUGAGAAGAAGGAGACGGAGAGGAGAAAGCAGGAAGCAGCCCAGAAGCAGCUACUGGAAGUCAAGAAGGUGUUCGAUGAUGAUAUGGCUCUCCAACUCAUGAAAGCUAAGCUCCUUUUAGACCAGGAGAAGAAAGAUCGUCUCGAGAAGAAGUUGAGAUCUCAAAUAAUCGACAAGGAUCCGGAUACAUUGAGAGAAGAAGUGAAAGGAGUGCUCGAAUGGCUUCAGAUCAAUGAGGAUCAUGACUAUAGGAAUAUCAGAGCGAGAUCACCAGUAGUUGACUAUUACCUCCGUGACAAUUCUGCAUUUAAGCGAUUUGUUGAUACUCAAAAGAAAGUUCCAAGAGAGACCCGCUUCCAUUUAACAGAUUCCAUUAUAGAUCUACGAGAAUUAGAAAAUAUCAAGAAAUGGGACGCAACUAGAAACAUCAAAUUCGCAAGAGCAGUCCGACAAUAUCGCUUCUGGACACUUUGGAAAGAUGAUGAGCUAUCAGAUAUACUUAACUACGCUGCUUCGUUUACUGAACCUGCUCAGGACGGGUUUUGCAUUCAGAGAUUAGAAGAUUGGAUCUUCAAUGAGCAUCCGAUCAUUAGUAUGGAAACGACUCUAUGA